AUAAAAUUCAGUGCACACAAACAAACUUUUCACAUAACAGCAAUGGAGGGCACAUGUGCAAUCACACGAGGUGUUUUGACCGUAGUUCUCAUUCUAGCCUUCCUUGUGAUGCUAGCUAUUAACGUGUUAGUCCCGCCGAGUAUGAGGCCAGCUUUUCUUGACCCUCUGUACGGAAACAACCUCACUACUAGCGAUAUAUCUGACAUUUACGAGUCAGAUAUUAACCCGGCUAGCUGGGCCUUCUCUAUCUGGGGUGUCAUCUAUACGUGGCAAGUUCUAAUGAUCAUUUACGUCACAAGUUUGAUCUGCAGAAAGCAUGUGCCUAAUGUUCUCAACUGCACCUUUCUCGGACUAUACAUCUUGAGCUGUUUUUUCAACGGGACUUGGAUCGUAAUAUGGCAGCGACUGCAUUUAUCGGCUGCUUCAGGCGUCCUCUUCGCGAUCUGCUUCAUACUCUACGCAACUCUUUUUGUGUCCUACUACCGACUCAAUAAGUUCGCCAACAGCAAGUUCCCCAAGUUUGACUUCUGGUGCAUCCAAGUUUUGGUCCACAACGGUAUCGCCUUCUACGCCACAUGGUGUACGGUAGCUUCACUGCUUAAUAUGACUUCCGCUGUAACUUACGUCCAUGGCGUCGCCAGAGCCACUGCCGGCACAAUCGCUCUCUCUAUCCUUGCUGCAGAGAUCAUCGUCUGGUUCAUUGUGGAAAACUUCGUACUGGAGCGUUUCCUGCGUUACACGAUCAGUCAGUACCCGGUUCUCAUCUUGGCCCUGACCGCCAUUCUGUAUAGUCACUGGAAACCAGGCAAUGCGAACGCGAUCUUGACGCUCGUUCUCCUGUGUGUGGUAUGUGUGCUUUACGUGCUCAGGCUGGUCAGAGUUGCCCUAAAGAUCAAGGGUGAAUGGCACAAUCGCUCAGAGGAUUUAAAGGCUUGAACUAUGGACUAAGCCUGUCUAUUCGAUUUGAUAUUUUUUAUUUUUCAUUUGCGGGGAUGUAAACCGAAGGAGAGGUACAUAUUUUUAUAAGAAUGUCUGAUUUUCGGUUUGAGGCUAGGCCGUUCAGCUCAAGCUGGACGUUCUUAUAAAAAAAUGGUCCUUAUAAAAGAAGAGUGUAAUAGAAUAGAACUCUAGGUCCCUUACAACCUAAGCUAUAUCUUGCUGUACAUCUCUUAAAAUGCCAAGCAAACUGUGGCAUUGGUAAAUCUUAGAUCCGCUCCUGAAAUGGGUAGCAAAUAGCCCCAAUAAUGUUUUUAAGGAGAUUCGAUAUAGUUUCCCGAAUUCCCAACCAUAUAUCCUGUAAAUCACAACUGUAAAUCAUGCUAGAAGAUCGGAUCAUCCACAGGCUCCCCAAGCUAAUGUUGUAUUUUACGUGUUUCAUUCAUAGUUAUUGUGAAUAUAUGGUGCAUUACAAUAAAAACAAAAUGGGAAGAAAAAUAUAAUAAAAUACAUUCAAACUUUUCUUA